UGGGAGGAACUGGGAGCAGGCGGGCUGCCUAGUAACAGUUUGCAGAUGACCCACACAACACGACGUCUCCCACCCGCGCAGUCACAUCUUCUCGGCCUUGGGGGACUCAGUGAGGGCAGAGGGCGAAGGCCUGUCCCUUGCACCACGGGCAGGCGGACCCCUGCGAGCUCUACAAAUGCCCCCAAAUGUGAGGCUCUCGACUACACAAUUCAUGGCACAUUCACAUACAUGCAAAUGCUCACGCAAGCGCGCACACAACCCCCUGCGCAUGCCCACGCACACAAGCACAAAUGCACAUAUAAAUACGCACACAAACCCAUGCACACACGCACAUGCACAAGCACACGUGUACACACAAACACAAGCACACACACACAUGCACACACAGACAUGCACAUGCAUACACAAACAUGCACACACAUAAACACACAAGCCCACACACCCUGUGGACACAAUUGGCAUCUUGCUGGCAAGCUCCGGAACAGGCACGGCCCGUGUGGACCAUAGUCGGGCACAACCUGCUGGGCAGUUGCCUCGGCCAAUUCUUCGAGCACUCUCAGCUGCCAUGGUGUGGACUGAGGUCUGUGUCAUGCAUUUGGUUUGCUGGAGAGGCCUUGAGUGAGAGCCUAGGGGUAGCCUGAAGAGCUCAGGGUCCAUCCGGCAGAGGGUGGGGGGAAGCAAAGCCCCUUCCUCUGCUGUUUCAGCUGGAGCUGAGGCCCGGAGAAGCUCAGUGACAUCCAGAGGGUCCCGUCACAGCAGGCCCUGAGGCCAGACGGGCCCUGCUGGCAGCGCAUGCCAACCUCUCACCAAGGCAGUGGUGCCUCGCAGAUCCUGGCACCUCCCGGAAGCCUUCCUGUCCUCCAGGACAGAGUGCAAUGAGGCAGGUGCCGAGGGCUGGGUGUGGCGACAGGAAUUACCGGCCUUCCUCGUCUUCCAGGCAGGACAUAAUUACCGGGACCAGCCGGGUUGUUGCUACAAGGGCUGCAGGUGUCAUGCCGCUCCUCCCCACAGCCUCUCCCCUGGGGUGGGGCAGGCGCCCACAUAUACUGGGACAAGCCGAGGGCACGGCAGUAUCUGGAGCCUCGGGAACUUCGAUAUCUCCGGGACCAUGAGGACCUGGAUCCUUCUCAUUGUAGUGGCCGUCACCUGCAGCUGGGUCUCCGGCGCUGCAGAGGCCGAAGAGGAUGCAGAGCAUGAGAGCACCGGCCUGUACACGGCUCCAGACUCUUGCAAGAGACGCUGCCACGAGCGGUUCAACAAGAGGGACCCCUGCCACUGCAACACCAAGUGUGAGAAGUACCAGAACUGCUGUGAGGAUUAUCACACCUACUGCAGCCAGGAUGGAAAACAGGAGGACAACGAGGCUGUACAUGCUCACAGCUCUGAGGGCUUCUCCCAUGCCCGGGACGCCAUCACCGACGAGGAUCUCCUGAGCAUCUCAGAGAAGCUGUACAAGGCUGACCACAACCGGGCCCAGGAGGCGGAUGUCACCAUCAACCCGCAGCACUUCGCCUCUGCCGGCCAGACCGACGACCAAGUGGACCGUUCUUCUGAGCCACUCUACACCUACGUCAACGAGGGCCUCUUCUCCAAGCCCACCUAUGCCAGCUUCAUCAAGCUGCUGGACAACUACCACCGCCAGACGGGCACGGGCGAGAAGAUGACUGCACAGCAGCAAGCGGAGCAGGACACAUUUCUCCAGGAGGCCAUGAACACAGCCCUUAUGAAGGAACUCUAUGGCUUCCUCCACCAGAAAGGUCGCUAUGGCUCUGAGGAGGAGUUUGUUGCUGAUCUGAAAGAGAUGUGGUUUGGCUUGUACUCCAGGGGCAAGGGUGAAGGCGACUCCAGCGGCUUUGAGCACAUCUUCUCAGGCGAAGUGAAGAAAGGGAAGGUCUCCGGCUUCCACAACUGGAUUCGCUUCUACCUGCUGGAGAAGGAGGGCCAGGUCGACUACUACAGUCACAACUACGAUGGGCCGUGGACCUCGUACCCUGACGUGCUGGGUCUGCAGUUCAGCUGGGAUGGGUUUUACAAGGAGGUGGGCUCUGCCUUCAUCGGCUGCAGCCCCGAGUUCGAGUUCGGCCUCUACACGCUGUGCUUCAUUGCCCGGCCAGGCAAGGUGUGCCGCCUGAGUCUCGGGGGCCACAAGCUGGGCAUCCAGACCUACACCUGGACCAAGUCCACCUACGGCAAUGGCCGAAAGUACAUCGCCACGGCCUACGUGACAUCCUCGUGAGGCUCUCCCUUUCCCUCCCCCAUGCAUCCAGCUACCCCAAGAGGCUUCAGAUGCUGCAGCAGACUCGGAGAGAGCGGCGCUGGGAGGUCCUUGCUCCUGCUGGCUGGGGGAGAGGGGGGAAAGGCUGUUCCCAUCACCAGUGCUGUACUCAGGAGGGCAGGGUCCUGAUCCUGGCGGGGUGGGGGCAGCCUUCUGCUGCACGACGCACAGGUCACCCCGUCAAUCCCUUGCCACGGAGAGGAGGACGGAGGCUGGCCCGAGUCCUCGCGUGGGCAGCAAGGUGCCACGGGUCUGUGCAGGGCAUUAAAGUGCGAGGACACCCUC